AGUAAAUAAAUAAUAUAUGCUGUGCAAUUGAGUGACAGAUUCGAGUAACAGAUAUCUCCUGUCAGAAAUGUCAAAUAUCAAAUUAAUUGCCGUAUUAGGUUAGAUUAUAUACGUGUGACUAAAUAUUCAAAAAUUUAUAUCGAAUGACCUAGAUGAGUGAUCGAAAAACGGUCGAUAAUAUCAACGUUCCAUUUUAUCCCCUCGCGUGUCCAGUCGCGAAAAUUUAUGCUAGAGUCCAGGGCCGCAGUCGUUUUUAUCACGAAUCUCGUCGGUGCCCCGGAGCUUUCCGUGGCUUGUAAUCUUUUUCCGAACGAUGAUUCACAUAGUAUUUUCUUGCUGUCCCGCCGUGAUUCAUAUUCGUCCCUCUUUCUCUCUCCUGCUUCUUUCCGUUGACGGAUUUAUGGGAAAUGGAUAUAAGGAAAAAUUGCUGUAACGUGCGAUGACUUGAAGCGCACGUAGUCGCGACCUCGUCGUCCUCGAGCAUCGAGUCAAGUUUGCACAAAUAUCAUGGGUCGUUACACAGGAAAAAAAUGUCGCCUUUUGACAAUGCUAUGGCUGACAGCUUUAUUUUUUUUAGUGGAAAUUGUAGUUGGUUACGUAACCAACUCAAUGGCUUUAAUAGCAGACAGUUUUCACAUGUUAUCAGACGUAGCUGCUUUAGUAGUAGCAUUUCUUUCGGUAAAGAUGUCGCCGAAAAAAUGGUCCAAGAAUACCUUUGGUUGGGCCAGAGCUGAGGUAUUAGGAGCCUUAGUUAAUGCUGUAUUCUUGGUCGCUCUAUGUUUUAGUAUUACUGUAGAGGCAUGUAAGAGAUUCAUCGAGGUGGAAGAAAUACACGAAGCCAAAUUACUCGUUGGAGUCGGAGCACUUGGUUUACUGGUGAAUGGGAUAGGUUUAUGUUUAUUCCGUGAACACGGAAGUGCUCAUGGUCAUUCACAUGGUAUAUCGCGAAGUCAUAAUAGACUGAGUACCCUAGUAGGUACAGACGACAAUGAAAACGACGAAGCUUACAGACCCUCGACACCCCAAGUAAAACGAGCGCAUGGUCAUUCUCACGAUGCGAGUCAAAUGAACAUGCGAGGAGUAUUUCUCCAUGUACUUUCCGAUGCAUUAGGGUCUGUCAUUGUAAUUGUGUCUGCCCUCAUUGUGUGGCUUACAAAGUGGAAAUACAGAUUCUACAUUGAUCCUGCAUUAUCGCUCUUAUUAGUCAUUCUUAUCCUGCGUUCAGUAUGGCCGUUACUUCAAGAAUCAGCUUUAAUUCUACUACAGACUGUGCCAACACAUAUUCAGGUCGAUGCUAUACAGCAACGUCUACUAGAAAAUGUAGAUGGAGUAUUAGCUGUACACGAAUUCCAUGUGUGGCAAUUAGCGGGUGAUCGUAUUAUAGCUAGUGCGCACAUAAGAUGUAGAAAUCUUUCUGAAUAUAUGAAAAUCGCCGAACAAGUUAAGGAAUUUUUCCAUAAUGAGGGUAUACACUCUACGACUAUUCAACCAGAAUUUAUUGAUUAUCAUUCUAAUAGCGAAAUUAAAGAGACUCCUACAGAAGAUUGUGUACUGGAUUGUCCAAAGACUGAUAAGCCGUGCAAUCAUGCGACGUGCUGUGGUCCUUCCAAACAAGGUCGUGAAACUCCUUCACCUGGAGAGACACCAUAUAUGUGCAGACAGCGUAAUAGCCUGGCACGUUCAACAGGCUCUAUAGGAGGAACAGAGCAACAAGAAGUGAAUGAAAUGGAACGCGGACAUUUGCUAUCACUGCCGGUCUCGCAUCCCACUUCGUUCCACUCCGUCCAAGUUCCACAUCCUCACGUCAAUGCACCAACUGUCUAAGCUCCCUUUGCAUUAUAAAAUAUCUACCUCCAAUAGAAAAAUAUGCGGCGCGUCACGAUUUAUUGUACAAAUACAAUAAAUGAGUAUAUCUACAUAGAAUUCAUUAGUAUCAGCAGUUGAUGGCAGAGGUUGAAUGACAUUUUCGCAUCAAUUAUCAAUUUUAUAAUUAAUUUUUUUAUUUCAAAAGAGCUUCUUCGGCUUCUAAUCUUUGCCAUCAAUUUACUUAUAAAUAAAUUAAGAUAUUUGAUAAUUAAAUGCCAAAGGCAUAUUAAUACCAAAUAUGUGCGUUAUAUAACUCUGAUAUAAAUAAAAUGUCGAAGUUUUCUAGAUUUUUCUUCGAAGAAUUUUAGAAUUACAAGAUGCUUCGAAUGUUCAAUGCAUAAUUUAUCAUUAAAAAAUAUAGGAUUUAUAAUCUAUGUUAAGUAUUGUUUAAAUCUCACAUUCAUACACAUACAUACAUACAUACAUACAUACAUACAUACAUACAUACAUACUUGUACAUUUGACACCGUAGCUUUAUAAAGAUACUUUGCGAAUUUUUUAUUUAUAGACAUAAUCUUUAUUGUGUUAAUAUUAUAAUAUACAGUUUUAUAAAAUAGUAUACAAAUUUGUAAGCGACAGUACCAAACCUUUUCAUUAUAUUAUAUAUUGUUUUUUUCCAUGUAAUUCUUAAAUAUUAA